CACACACACACACACUUCCCUCACACUUUUCACUCAGCUACCCAAGAUGGCGGCAGCGUCAUCCAUCCAGCCGCCGAGCGUUCACUCUUCUCUAGCCGGGGAGAGCGCACUUUCCCCGGAGAUGGACAGCCCCGAGAUCCGGCAGCCAGAGGAUGAGGAGGCGGCAGCGGCGGCGCAGCCCUCCGACUCGGGGAUUAGCCUCCGCGACCUGCCGGACCUGGAGCCGGAGGAGAUCGAGAGGAGGUUGGCCAAAACUCGCCAGGAGCUGAGCAACAGGAGGAAAAUUCUGAUUAAGAACCUGCCGCCUGACACAACUAACCAGGAAGUCCAUGAAAUUCUGAAAGAAUAUGAACUGAAGUACUGCUUUGUGGACCGCAACAAAGGCACAGCCUUUGUGACUUUGCUGAACGGGGACCAGGCUCAGGAUGCCAUCCGCUCCCUCCAUCACAGCACUGUCCGGGGACGCUUGAUCAACGUCACGCUGCAGCCCACUGACUCCCUACUCUGCCUCACCAACCUGCCCCACACCUUUACUGCCCAGCAAUUUGAGGAGCUGGUACGCGCCUAUGGAAACAUCGAGCGCUCCUUCCUGGUCUACAGCGAGCUGACAGGCCACUCCAAAGGAUAUGGGUUUGUUGAAUACAUGAAGAAGGAUUCUGCGUCACGGGCCCGUUCUGAACUGCUGGGCCGACCGCUGGGUGAUCGCUCAUUGAUGGUUCAGUGGAUGGAUGUCAACCAGCUGAGCCAAGAGGAGAACCUGCACUCCAAAUGUCUGUGUGUGAACCGGCUGCCGCUCGACCUUUGUGACUCUGAAGAACUGACCCAGCUCUUCUCUGAAACCUACAAACCUGUCUUCUGCCAGCUUGCUCAGGAUGAAGGCAGCCCAGUCCGAGGCUUCGGUGUGGUGGAGUAUGAGAGCGCAGAGCAGGCAGAGGCUGUGCUGAUAGAGAUGGACCGAACACUGGUCGGAGGACAGGAGGUCCGUCUGUCACUCUGCACUCCCGGCACCUCAGGGAGAAGCACCCUGGCUGCACUCAUCGCCGCCCAGGGUAUGAUUCUGACUAAUAGGAAAGGUCUGCUACCAGAACCCAACCUAGCCCAGCUGUUGACCAGUAUGACCAACCCUGCAGCCCUGCAGAUCCUCAUGAGACCGUACCACACUGGGAAAAGAGGAGGUAUGACAGGAGGGAAGUACGGGCGUCAUGCCAGCUUGCCGUUCCUCAGACCUCCUCUCACCACAGCUCUGCUCACAUUGGGAAAAGCACACCAGAAUGCGAUGCUUGGUAACGGACUAGUCCUUCAGAACCUCUUGCAUAUGCAGCUCGCACAGCAACAGCUUCUACACAUCAAAGACAAACGCAUCAGCAGUGUCUCCAGUCUGCUCGGAGACCCGUCCAGGCUGCUGAUGCAGAAAGCUUUGUCUCUGCGGUCUCCAGGUCUUGUGUCGCUGGGGAAAGGCCUCCUGGGAGACUCUCCUACAGAGUUGGGCCAGGAGUCAGUGCCAUCAUCUACCCACAAUGCCACAGUAGUGGUAUCAGCAGCAGGUGUGAUGCCAUAUCUCCAAGGUCGAGCUGGAGGGGGAGAACAAAACAGCACCCAUUCUAUCUCCACAAACCCUUGUGCUUCCUCCUCCUCUUCUUCCUCCUCCACCCCCUGUGACAGGCAGCCAGCUCCUCCUGGGACCAUGAUGAGCUCCCAUCUGCAGGGACAGAGCUAUUCCUUGGGUAUAAGUAACUCAGGCCUUGGCCCGCCUCAACCUAUACCCCCUGGAGGAGUUUAUACGUCAACAGGCCAGCACAACAGUUCAGAUGGCUGCCCCCUGGCUAACAUGGUAAGCACUGGUCAAAGCUCUCUGUUGGGCGAUCCUCCUAAAGAAGUCAGACUGCCCUCCAAUCCUUACCUGAACCUGGCCAGCGUAAUGCCAGGGGUGGUCCUGCAAGGGUCAGUGGGGAGUAAAGCCCAGGGAGGACAGCCAGGCUCCGGGCUCUACAGCACCUCAGUUGCUCCCGUCGUCUCCCAGGGCUCUGGCUCCUUCUCCCACAGCGCGGCAGCUACAACAACAGCCCCAUACACCUCUGAUACCUCCACUGACUACAGCCAAUACAACCAGGCCUACACACAGGAGGCCAUGCAGCAGUGGUACCAGCACUACCAAGCAGCACAAGCUCACACCUACACCACUGCUGCUCCACAGGACAGCACGGCCACAGACUACAGCAAGGAGCACACACAGGCUCCACCAGUGUCGACCUACGGGGAUUACAGUUCCUACAUGCAGGCGGUCACUCAGUACUACUCCCAGCCUGCAACAGCCAACCAGGCCUACGCCACCAAGGAGGUAGAUGUGUGUAAGCCUUUAGGAGUCUCUCUGCACGCGGUCAGUAAUGGCGCGGCCCCUCCACCGGCCGUCCUACCAGCUGCUGCCGUGCUCCCAGCCUACAGCACCCUGCCUUUAAUGCCCGGCUUCCUCGGGGCACCACACCCGGUGGCAGCCACAGCAACCCCUGGCACGCACGCACACUCUGCCGCCACUGACUGGAACACCUACUACUAUAACCAGACACGGGGCCAUAAGAGGGAGUACCCUCAGCUGGCAGUGCAGGAAAUUACAUCAUCAGAUGGUGCCUACAUCGGGCAGCACUCCCAAGGCCUGGGAGGGCAGUAUGCUGACUACUUUAAGAGGAAGAGGCUCUAGUAUGAACCAAAACCACCUUAAAGCCUAAAGCUUAUGGAGGGAGGCAAACACACUCAGCAUCUGCUCACAGCUCCCUCUAGUGGCCUUUCUGUGGCAGCCAUUUUGCAUCCCUACAGUAGGUAUUGAGUUUAAUAGAAUUUGGGGUUGCAAAUGGCUCAAGUGAAAGUAAGCCAUAGUGCUCUUUGAUCCUGGCACUACACACACACACACACUCUCUCUCUCACACACACGCACACACAUGCACACAAACAUGGUGUUGCUUUUGUCCUGUUCAAGCCUUAACUCUUAAAUUUAAAAUGUUGUUUCUCAGUGUGUCAACUGUGCAAAACUAAUAUUACCAUGUACAUUUUUUCUAGUAUAAUGUAAACUAAAGUAUUCUGUAUCUGUACGUAUAAGCUGCUUUUGUAUUUGCAGCCAGGCGACAUGUCUGCCUGCUGAAACUGUCAUAGGACUGGUCUUCCAGUCAAGUCUAUCCCUCUCUGUCUCCUUUCAAAAGAAAAAUGUGUCUGGCGUUGCACACUCACUCUUUGAUUAGUCAGUCGAACUGACACUUGUAUGUUCUAGCUUCAGUGUCCUUUCUCUUUUCCUUUUAUUGGCCCAGGUUCCUCUUUUAUAUAUCCCCCGUGGAGAGUGUGUGUGUGUGUGUGUGUGUGUGUGUGUGUGUGUGUGUUUACACGUGCUGAUAUGCUGUUUCUGUAGGAAGUGUCAGCCAUUUCAAUCCCAAGGUUUGGGAGCACAUCAGGAAAAAAAGGGCCUGAACUAAUCAACGCCCUUAAUUGUGGUGACUUACAAUAGCUUCCCUAAAUGAAUGGACUUUCUUAGAAAGACUGGAUCAUAAAAUAAAAAGGCUGGUGUAAAUACCGUGUGUAAUACAGAAUAUAUAAAGCCAUGCGUCAGACAAUAUCCUAUAUAAUGGUCAUUUCCCAGCUCCUUUUGUGAGCGUAUUGUACUACAUGAAUGAAAGGAAAGCAUUUAUUACAUGUCUGCUUUUUUUCAGUCUAUACUGAUAUAUAUUUGUAAUAUAAUAAUAAUCCAAGGCAAUUCAAGUAAUUUAUUAAUAUUUAAUCAAAUGUGUUGACUUUAAUGUAGUUAUCUGGUUUGGUUUUUAACAUUUAAGCCAAAUAAUAGGGCACAGUCCUUUCUUCUUUUCUCUUCUCUUCUAUCUAUUGUAACCCAUUUGGGUGUUUUGAUCUGUUGAGACUGUAACAGGAGCUAUGGUUUGAGGCUGUAAGUGUGUCCCGAAUCCAUACUACACACUAACUCGAAGCAGGUUUUGAGGAUGUAGCGCGUUUGCCAAAGCAACAAAAAAGGGAAUUCAGUUACUCAAAUCACUCAGUAUGCAUUUGAAAAAACCCUGAGUUUUUUUAUGGAAGUAGGCGAGCUGCUUACAGAUUGAAAAAAUAAAUGAAACUAAUGGUUAAUGCUAGUGAAUCAGCUCCAGGAACACCUGAACAAACUAUGUUGCUGUCUCUUUGUGAAGUUGAAUUGGUAGUGAUAUUCCAAAGUGACAAUUUUAUUGCAUUUGCAUGAUGCACAUAUUGCAUCAUUUCCUUUUAAAAGAGUAAACUGUGUUGAUUUGUUUCUAUGCUGACUGCAAAAACAGUAUAUACAAGUAUAUAUAAGUAUAUACUGAAUAUGAUUGGUAUGUAGUAUGAGAUGGGGACACAGUCUUUAUCAUUUGAGGGAAUGUACAAUUUUCCAACUCAAAAAUGUUUUGCUCAUCACAUGCUACUAUAUAACAUGCCACCAUGCCUGUGUUUUUUUAAUGUGUGCUGGUAGAAUUUCUGCAGCUUUUGAUUUAACGUUUUUGGGGAAACAAAAAAAAGCCAACUAUAAAUGUUAUAGGUGAUCUCUUUCCGACUGCUUUUACAAAGAGAAAUUAUUCUUUGUGAAAAAAUACUUUUUAAAACUAUUUUUGUUAUUAUUUCAAUCCCGUUUUUACCACUGCCAUUAUCAAAGCUGUGAACUCAAUUAUACUUAAUGUCUAGAAGGUUUGUUUGAUGUUUAUUACUGAGGCGAGGGUUUGAUAUUUUAAUAUUACAGCUUGAACAUUAGGUUUGUUAUGUGCACAGACCUCUUGUCUAACACACCGGCAAUAACUAAGGCUCCUACUACUGUAGAAAGUCCAAUGUAAAAUGUUUCUUUCCCAGUGUAAAUGUUUUGCCAUUCACACAGCAUUAUAUACUCCUACGUAAUAGCUCAUACACUUGGUAAAAGCUUUUUUUUUCUUUAUAUGUGUCUUUGUAUUCUGCUUGUAACUAUCUGUAUGACUGUAUGACACAGAGCAGAAUAUUACUGGUAUCGUCAUGGCAACCACGCUCACACACUGUGAAACCCAAUAGGAGGUGAGAUCGGAUAAAGCAUACACAUCAGUUAAGUAUGUGGUGUGAGUUUCUGGGAUAACAGCUUGUUGUAAACAGGAUGUACAGUACAUGAUGUUUACAUGUGCGGACACAAUAAUAGAAUAAUAGAAGAGUUGAGUGUCUUUGGUGAUGUAGGAGCGGUGGUGUGCAGGUACGCAAGUACUAAUAAAAUGGCUUAACAUUAAACUAAGGGCAAUACAUAUCCCUCUACUCUUUGUGUCUUUCCAUUACCUCUUUGUCGACUCUUGCUGUCUGCCCUUUAUCCACACAUGUUUUCUAACUCGAUUUUACUUUGAUGUGUUUCAUGGUGUCACAUGUCUAGUGAAUCAUAUUUAACGUGCAUCUGUGACACAUUUUAAAGCAUGCAUCUAUGGAAUAUUUUAUGGUGGAUAUGAACAAUACAAAGAAAAGAAAGGAGGGGAGCCUUAGAAUGCAACAAAAUGUAAAAUAUUUAUGCUAAAUAUCAGCACAAAGACUAAGAAGAGGAUCAGCCAGAGUAGCUGCCGAUCAAAGCCUUUUUUGUGUCCAUUGAAUACCUAUAUGUGUGCACAUAUUUAGCAUAUCAGCACUUUUUUGCAUUCAGUGGCUCCCAUCUUUUCUUUAAUGUACUGUAUAUUACCAUUGACCCGUUCGAGAAGCCUUUUUCCACUGUUUUUCCUGGAUUAAUGACAAAUAACACUUUAACCAUAAACUCUUACUGUUUGCACUUUCACAGCAGGAUCCAAAUCCAGACACAGUUGAUGGUGUCCCACUUUGCCAAUUUUUUCUUCCACCAUUUUCUUCAGUUUCAAACUUUUUAUUUAGCACACCUUUCUGUUUUCAAUUUCCAUUUAUUCUAGUUUUACUAACUUGUCUUUGCACUAUUGUGGCUUGUGUCCUGUCUGUUUCUUUUAUGAUUUUGAAUGACUUCUAGUGGUUUUUGCUUAAUUUAAAAUGCUUUUAUUUUGGUGAUUUGUUUUAAAUGUUUUAAAAUAUUUCUAAAUGUGGUGAAAUUAACACCUUACAACAAAUUCAAAUUAGUUCUCAGUGUGUCUUUGCAACUGAUUUCCUUUAAUUAAGUGCUCUGUCAGCCACAACUGUCUACUUAGGUUCAGCAUAUUGAAUAAAUACAGUAACUGUCUUCUUCUAACAUUACAAAAAACAUUACUCUUUUUUUUUUAGCUUGAACUUAUAAAUAACCUAAACUGGAUACAUUAUUGUCAUUUUGCACAAAAACAAAAUGUCCAUUCGUAGUAGCAGUUGUGUUAGUCUGUAAUUAAAAACAUCUUUGAAGCCCUUUACUUAACUUCCCUGCUGUACUGCUCCAACACCUGAACUGUCUUUUUACUUAGUCUGGUUUGUUGAUUUUUCUGUCUUGAAAUAGCAAAUGAAACUUGCAACAGAUCCAGUUAGUCAGCCUGCUUACACAGGGACUUUCUGUUAAAUGUGAAACUUGGGGAAAAAGAACCUCACUUUCCCUGAGCCAUCUGUGUCUGUAGUCAAAUCUACUUUCACAUGUUGUCUCUCUCUCAUCGCUGUUUUUAGAAGCCAUUUUGCACUUUGCCCUCUUUUCUAAUUGAUGUUUCCCCCCAUACCACUCUUUUAUCAACCCGAUCCUCCCUGAAUCAGCUCUAACCACUUAGACACAUUUUAUGGCGACCUGUUCCUCUGCACUAUUUGGCUGUCUGACCUGAAUCGGAGCCACAGUUUGAUUUUCUUCCUGCUGUGAGUGGAUGAAAAGUAGCCAGCUGGACUCCAGUGCUCUCUUUCUGCCAGGUGAUUGCUCUCACCUGCACCUCUUUAAAAGGCAAGAUAGAAAUGUCUGUGUGUGUGUUCAGACCAGAGACAGGCCCUCUGUGUUUGCGGAUGUGAACAGCUGAGGUAGCAGACUUUAGACAGCACUGUGUGCUCUUCUGUUUUUCACGUCUGCCUGCUUGUCUAUCUUCCUGACUAUCUGUUUUCCAGUCCGGCUGUCUGCCACAAUGUAUUCAGGUACUAAAGUCAGCCAGGCCUGAAUUAUUUUAGUGGUAUACAGUUGUGUCAGCCUUUUCUCUGCAUUAUGUCGCACUUGCUCUAAAGCAAUGAUUGCAUAUACUGCAAAGCUGUAUGAAUGUAUGUGUUUGUGUGUGGACGUCACAACUAUUGAAGACAAAUCAAAUUUGAGCUGUAAUCUUGCAAGUCCAGAUUUGAGAGUGCAGUAGAGCUUCCUUGGCUUUUCAUUUUGACAACAGAGCACAAGUAAAGUGGUUGGGCUUGAACAAGAAGUGUCUCUCUUACACCCUGUCUUCCUCUUUCCAGUGUAGUCCAUCUGCUUUUACAUUGUUCAAAAUCAUUUAAAGGUACAGGAGACUUGAAACUUGUCACUCAGUAGGUGUUUAUUGUGUUGGUGGUCAUGCCAACAAGUCUUAACAAUGGCACCAAUCAACUGUUGCACCUAUAAUUUUUGUCACAGACAGAAAAAUGUCCAAAUAUGGAACUCUCUUUGAUGUGUUAUUGUCCAGUUAGUCUAAUUAGCUAGUUAGAGUUGACUAUAAGAAAAGCAUAUUUUUCACCAUAAAACCUCCAAGCGACUCAUUCAAAGUGAAGAAGAAAAGGGAUGUAUUUGUGUACGGCUUGAAUUUCAGCCAUAACUAAACACCGAACAAACUGGGUUGGUAAACAAGAUUUAGUGAAGCUCCGUUGUUUGUCUGUAGUGGAGCAACUGCAACAGGUAAUUUCUUUUAUAAAUGGAGUGGGAAUUGGCAGUAGUGAGCACUUACUUACUCAUACUGAAGCGUUACAGCUGUUGCUUUUGGGCGGACGUGUAACAAGGAACAGCUUGUUGGUAGCGUUAAACUAACAGUUCUCUCUCUCCCUUUCUCUGCCUCAGAGAUGCACACACAUACAAUACAUUUGCAACUCAUGUGGUUGGUCAUCAUCACAGUGUAGCAUAAUCAUUGUUGGGUUGGUUCCUUGGUAUUUUCAUUUCAGCUUGUUAAAAGUAUAUAUGGCUCAGACUAUAGCUGGAUUCCUUCGUGGUACUCUUGAUUUUAUUUGCAUCUAAUAGAAAUGCACUGCUGGUGUUUGGACUGGAGAUUCCUGGUGGCUUUUAGCUGUUGUUUGACAUUUUGCUUCUAAAUCGAGUUUCCUGUAUCUUUUUUAAGUGUGAGAAAGGUAUGACAUCCAUUAAUGUGCACAUCCUGCUGAAGCCUGCUUGCCAGAAAGUGUUGGUUGGCACAUUUUCUUUCUGUAAGAACUGCCGAACAGUUGGAGAAGUGAUUUAUAUACAAACUAAGCAAUCUGGGCUCCAAACAUGAUUUAUGCUUAAAAAAAUCUGACCCUGUCCCUUACAUCUUGACUUGCAGAUUGAUAAAAGCUUCUAUUUGUCGUGCGUUUACUCACAAUAGUUUUCAUCGUUUCUCAUCUUCCAUAAUGUUCCAGAAUUGCAGAUAACGAGAGUUGAACAGGUGUUUACUUAGACUGGUUCUGUGUGUGCGCUGGGGCCAGUAAUUUUAGGGUGUGCGCGUGUGUGUGUGUGCUGAUGUGGGUGUAGCUCUCUAAAAAUGUGCUCUUGGCAGGUAAUGGGGGUGAGAAGAGACAGGCGGAAAGAAAGAGGAAUGGAAAAACAACUCCAGCUGCCAUCAGCCGCUCAGCCUGCAGGGAUUUUUAUAUAUAUAUAUGCUUUCUCCUCUUCUGUCUGCUUGCUCAGUGAAGUUGGUUGGUUACGUCUGGCAGACUCCUGCAUGUUGCACGUACCUGUAGAGCUGUCAAACACGCGCACACACACACACACACACACUCCAACACACUGCCAAUGUCUCCUCUAUGCUGUGGUAUUCGUAUUAGUUGGACUCUCGCAGACCAUUUCUCUCUUCCGCGCUCACACAACUUCUCCUGGCGUGAUCCAAAUAUAUAUGAAUACAUUGUUGUCCUUAUUUUUUAUGCUCAUUAUUGUCCCUCCUGUGGAGUAAAAUGUCCAGCCUCUUCGAUAUCAACAGAGGAAAAACAAUCAAAAUGUGCAUUUUAACCGCAGGCCAACUGACAAACAUCAUUCCUCCCUCUCUGGUGAACAGAUAUCUGACAGUACUCUAAUUGUAGCCGCUCAAAAUACAGACACAGAAGGUCACAGUUGGCAUCGAGCCUCCAAACCUGUCAGUCAUGGCAUGUGCAAAUGUGGCAGCUUUGGCUCUGCAUCAAUCACAUUUAAAGGAUAAGACUGAUGAUAAUACAUAUAUUCUGUAAUUGUAAACAAAUCCGUCUCUUAAAGGUGGGGAAUGCGAUUCUGGAGAAAUCAAACACCAUAACAAAUACCAUGAUAUAGAGCAAACAACACAGUAAGUAAUGUAGCUAAUGUUAGCUAAGUUGUGGGUUAGCAAAUUGUCACUACAGUUGCUGCGAAGCUAACACACUGAGCAAACUAGAAAGUAAGCUGAAUGUCUGUGGGCCAGUCAUUUAAUGUUACCUGACACACAAAGCAUGGCGGGAAUAAUGUUGUGUGGGUUAUUUUGAGCCACUUUGUUCGUUUCAGAUUUGGAGGAGUGGAGGAGUCUCCCUCUGAUUCCCAAACCUUCACUGCAGGCUGGUCAAUUUUUUUCAACUUUGUAACUGGUAAGCAGUUGUUUGUAAGGGUGGUCCUCAAGUUAUCAUGUGAACUGGAUCAAUAAAAACAAAAGCCCCUGCAGGAUGUAGAAGAGCCAGGAAUAAACACCACAGUUUGUUCCUGUUAACAGCUUGGAAAUGUUCUCUACACAAGGAGUGACUUAAAUAAAAGUUAUAUAGAUAUAGUGGAACUUAAGUGUUCAUUCAUGACCUUGGAAAUAGCAGUUUGAUGGAAACACUGUCUCUGUUUGAGGAUGGAUGUCCUCCUUGAUCUUUGUCCAGCUGUCCACCGCCGACGCUGUAAGCGGAUUUGUUUUGCUGUCUCACAGACAGCUGAUUUUGUUUUUAUUCUGGUUUUAUGCUUACUGUUGGUUGUUUGAUUUUAGGAAGUACCAGCGCAGAUGUUAAGGUGUUCAUAUAGAUGUUUAUGAUAUUAAUCUAGAUUUAUUUUCCAUGAAUCUAGCACAUGUGACAUUGCCUCAAAGUUAAGUUGGGGCCUGAGUUUAACACCUUUGAAAAGUUUAUAUGUUGGCAAAGGGUUCCUAAUGCACCUUUUAGUUUUGAUUUUUGUAAAGCCACAAGGUCUUAUUUGAAAAGGAGGUGCUGUUAGAGUCCCACCAGCCCUCAGUCUAAAAAGGAAAUACCUUCAUAGGCCACAUCCUUCAGGGGACACAGCUCAAUGUCAUUUAAGAAAGUCUUGACACUUUUUGUCAUUUCAUCACAUCACCUACCAUUAUAUUUAAUCUUUUCUCAUGGCUAAUUUGUGCCAUCCAAUCAGAUUUUGUGGAAAUACAAGCUCCGUUUGGUUUCACAGGUCAUUCUAGGCUGCAAGUUUUCUAAAUGCACCUUUGCAUGUGUGGUUAUAAAUCUUUGUAUAUUCUCUAGUUUCUAUUGUUUAGUUUUCUUUCUACAGUUCUAGUCAGUUGCCAUCCUAAGAUGUGGAUACUGAAAGAAUCAAUUUCGUAACCUUGACUUGACUUUUUUUUAAGACUGAAUAUAUCAUUGUGGAAGUUAACUGAUGUUACAAUAUUAUCUUUAACUGCCUACCACAAUUUCAGUAGGAAAGUAUAAAAUACAAAUACUUCUACAAUUGGGGAAGUAAGCAUAUUUUAUGUAUGUGAUUAGUUACUUUUGUAGAAUAUCAGGCCUUUUCUUUAUUGGGAAAAGGUUGUAUCUCUUUAUCAUUUUUCUGUGCCACCAAUUAGACGUGAUGUCUUCAUAAUGAUUGUACACAAAGGGGGGCUUAGUUCCCCCAAAAUUAACAUAGCACAAACAAAGCCUGCUUAUAUACACAAAAUGUAGAAUGUUCUUGAAUCUCUUCUAACGCUGGUAACCUGUAAAUGAGCCAGCUGAAGUUUGCACCUCGGAGAGUUCAGGAUAAAUCCUGUUUCUGCUUCAAUGCAAACUGAGCUUAUUUUUCGGUCUUUAGUUGUAAUAGAACUGCUGUAUGGUACUGACAUGAAAAUGCAGUUGAGUGCUCAUUUACAUCAGAACAGAAAGUCUUAUUUGUAGUCUUUGCAGUUUAGUUUGUUUAGUUCCUUUUGUUUCUGUGGGAUUAACACAUCUGAAUCACUUCAGGUCAAAAUCCAGAUUUUUCUUGACUUGUGUAAACAGCCUCUUCGAAGCUUGAGUGCGUUGCCAUUGUACCAGUAUGUAUUCUGUAUAUUACACAAGGUCAGUGGUGAGGCUGGACUUUGCAAUAGAGUGUGUGUGUGUGUGUCACAAAGCUUUGCAAUACUCAAGUAUUUUAGAUUUUCUGACACAUGGUAAUGGCUGUAGAGAAAUCUAGAUUUGAUGUGCUUCUUGCUUUGUACACAGUUUUUUGCUUUCUAAGUAGCCUAUGUGGCUUUUUUUCUGACCCGAAAUAUACUGUAGAUUUUGCAUUUUUUUAAUAUCACACUGACAUUGCUAUUGUUUUACUGCGAAUAAGGUAUUUCUAGAGCCAUUUGAGCAUGCCUACUUACGACUGUAAUAUAUAAAACUGUUUUCAAUAGUUAUAAUAUAUUGCAUUUGGACUGACAGACAGAAUACAUCAAACAUUGAUUUUCAUUUAUUUUUUCAUUGUGUAUUUAUGGAUACUUUUACCUUCCAUAAGUCAUACUUUUGUCUUUUUGAAAAAAAAAA